GUCGUGAAGAUGCUGAUGAGAAGAAUGAAGAAAUGGGCGCCUGACCAGGUGGUAACAUCGAAAGCUAAGCCUUUCGAAGGCCUCUUGGAAUCUAGUGCAAGUUGGAUGCUUGCUUCUUGAAUAAGCAUUGAGCAUGCAACAACUUGUGCGAGGAUACGUUCAACCUCUCACCAAGAUGGACACCGUUUCAGUAACACUUUCCAAUUGUCUUCAAUCCUUCUUUGCUCCUAAACGGAAGCCCCCAAGAUAGGUCUCUUCCACACAAAGCGGGAAUCUUAAGAAGCUUGAAACUCUACAACCCCAAAGGUUUUACAUUCUGACACUUGCAAUAUCUAGAGUUCUUUCCGAGAUGGGUCAGUUUUGUGGCAAGGCCUCUAAGACGGAUGGGGAAGGUGUUCUUUCUUACGAUGUGCAGCAGCUUGAGGUUGAGGAGCCUCCUGUGCAAGUGGUGGGGUCUUGGCAAGUGCCUUCAAAGGGUAAACCCUCCCCGUUGGGUCGGCCGCCGCUGUCACCUCCUCGCGAUCCUCCAUCGAGCAAGAAAUUGAAAAAGAGCAAGAGCAAAAAGGAUAAAGAGAAGAAGGGCUUUAGACAGACGCUGGAUGCUUGGAGCAGCUUCGGCAGCUUCAAUGGGAGCAUUAAUGAGCGGCAGGGGCGAGAGAAGCGGGUUGGAAUCCUUGGGUUCGAAGUUGCCAACCUGGUAAUGAAGAUGAUGAAUCUUCGGUUGGCACUGUUUGAAGACGAGCUGAGCCGGUUCAAGGAGGAAGUGAUUCUAUCGGAAGCGUCAAGGAAGCUGAUCUCAGAGGACGAGCGGACGCUGUGGACCAUAGCUGCGCUGGAUAGGCGGCGGGAACUGGCUGGACUCAUGAUGGACGUGGCCAGACUGGGCAAGCAGAGUGCCGACGCCGAGCUGCAGAAACUUGACAAGAAAUUUGCCAGCCUUGGUGCCGAAGGUGAAGUACGGCCGAAGCUGUCGCCGUCCGAGGUGGAGGCAAACAUCGAGUGGCUACAGGAGCAAGUCGCUUCUACGGCAGACUUGUAUCACGAGCUGCUUGCGUUGGACACGGUGAAUGCGAGCCUACGGCGGACCCAGGCGGAGGAGGAACAGUUCCCGGGAACGCAGAAAGAGAGCGUGGGCGUGCUGAAGCAGGAGGCCAAGGAGCAGGAGCGCCUGGUGCGCAGCCUCAAGAAGAAGGGCCUCUGGUCCAAGAAGCUGGACCACAUCCUAGAAGUGCUCGUCGAGCUAGUUUAUGCGCUCUACGAACAGCUCAUUGACGCCUUCUACCCCGAAGUCAUGGAGGAGACCCUGCGCGCGCACCCCGCAAAAGCGGGCCACGAGAACGAGCUGGGCGUGCAGGGCCUCUCGUUACACUACGCCAACGUCAUCUCCGCCAUCGACAGGAUGGUAUCGAGGCCCAACUCGGUGUCCCCUGCCUCCCGUGACGCGCUAUACCAGAUGCUACCCCAGGGAAUCAAGGCCUCGCUCCGAGACGAGAUCAACAAGCCUCUGGAGGACGAUUCCGUGGCCGGAAUCCGCCGGAACCUGGACGUGAUUCUGGACGUUGUGACACCUGUGGCCGGGAACACCGUCAGGUGGUGCUCCGACCGCCGCCUGCAGGGCCACUCCGACCUGUGCCUCAUGCAAACGCUCCACCACGCCGAUCGGGCCCGCACCGAGUCCCUGCUCCUCGACCUUGUUGUCAACCUCCACCACCUCAUGUCCCGCGCCAAGAACCCCCUCAACCCCUCGGGGAAGUCCCCGAACCGCACCCCCAGUCGUAGCCCAAUCAUGACCCCCCCCCGUGCAUUUGCCGCGAGUGGCCCGGAUGCUGACGUGGCGGAGGCGCUGGAAGAGAUUCCGGUGCAUCUGCGGGCGUCCGUCGAGCCGAGCGUGGUGGAACGGGCGGACGCUAUUUUGGCGAAGUUGGAUGCACUUCGGACGGUGCACUUGCAGGAUAAUCGGGCGGCGGGGGUUGCGAGCGGGCGUUUCGUGGAGGUGGGCGGUUCGGAAGCGGGCGGAAUGAACGGGAUGGGCGGAACGAACGGAAUGGGUGGAAUGGGCGUGCACGAUAGUGCUCGGCGGCAGAGCGGUGCAGACGGAACUGAGUUGCGGGAUGCGGCCCGGCGGGAAGAGUCGAAGGGCGGUGCGAGGGCUUUGGGCGCGGUCGAACUAACCGUAACUGUCGACAACCGGGAAGAGGCAGAUUCUAGCGAACCGACUGCAGGGAACGGGGUGACGUCAGCAAAGAGCCCGCGGAUGAGCCCGGGGGGGAGCCCGCGGGGGGUCUCUUUGUGGACGGCGAUGGCCGAUGAUGUGGAACGGCGGAAGUCCGAGGACGGCAGUCAGACGCCGGAUGCACGAGAAACGGUUCCAUCGGAUGCGUUCGCUGCGGACACGUUCGAUAGCCCCCCGGGGUGGGGUCUCGGGCUGUUGAGAAAGUCGAUGAGUGUUAAGCGAGACGGGGUGAAGGUCGACGGAAAUGCUUCGGGGGGGGUGGGCGAUCCGCACGGCGGAACGCAUGUGGGAACUCAGCCUGAGGGGCCGACGAAGCUGCACAGAGCGGGUUCGGGCGGGAUUCCGAGACUCGGGGAAGAGGACGUGAAGAUUCUGCCGAAAGGCUGGCAUCCGGCGGACCGCAUUCUGGAAGGAGAGGACGGGGAGGCCGUUUUUGGGUUCAGGAACCGGUUAGGCAGUAACCAUAGCGGUUCCAGCCGUCACUACGCCGGGUUGAGAGGGGAGGGGAACUUCAGGUUGAGCGAAGAGGAAGGGCCGUCGACGGAUGGGGUUAAGCCGCACAACGGGUUGGUUGGGCCUGACAGGCUUCGGUUAAACGGUAACCAAGGAGGGUUAGAGGGAGUUGAGGAUAUGUUCGCACGGGAUCACUAUGGAGGGCUGCGGGGGGAGAGUUCGUUUGGGUCAAGCGUCAAGAUCGCCGAGUCUAGUGGGGCGGAAAGUCCAGGAUUACAAAGCGAGGUCAGCCUAAAUGACGGAAUCGGUUUAGCUGAGAAGUUCCAUUCGGAUUCCUACAUAGAUCUCAAGGUCCGAGGUUACAAAAUGUCGUCCGAUCUGUAUCAGCCGACGGGCCUCGGACCAAACGGGACCUCGAACGGGCAAUCGGACCACGGCUUGACCCACAGCGGGGGUGGGUUAAGGCACGGGUUUGGGUCUGACCUGCAGAUCGGAGCAGUCAACGAGUCGGAUCGGGUUGGUAACGGAAGUGCGGACUCAAACCCGUUAUCGACGCAGAGGUUUGCGGAAGCAGCUGGCAAUGGUGGUGUUACUGACCAGGCUCGGUCUCCGGAUGGACAAGCCCCGGUACAAAGCUACCCGGGCGACUUUGCCAAGCUCACCCACCGGUCAUCCGACCCCGGGGCACUCCCCUCGAGGCCCCACCCACCGUCCCAUUCCGCGCGGAGCAACAGCUACAGCGGCCCUCAAGACCCUACCGGGGCUCGAAAGUCCCGCUUCAGCGUGCAGGGCUCCUCGCAGGGGAACGACACCCGUAGUUAUAGCGAGAAUAACCUCCACGGGUUAGGCCAACCCCCAACGAGAAAGAGUGGGGAGUUGUGGCACGAUGCAAGGAAACUGAGCGGAGAGCUCAGAAAGCAUAGCGGGGAGCUUAAGUCCCCGGGGAGUAGUAAGAGGCUUAGUCAUGAGGUGCUCGGGUCGCCGAGGACGCCCCGGCGGUCGAGCCCCAAUAGCCGGUCGUUGCAUAGAAGGACGGGUUCGAUGUCGCGGUCCCCAGGAUCGUCUAUGAGCUCGCCCCGGUCGCUUGAGCCGCUCAGUCCGGCGGGCGUCAUUGACAUCGAUUUGAUUGAUAUUUGAGACGGCCCAUAAGGGCACUGGUUGGCGAGCAGCUCGAUAUGAGUCAUAGUCUAAAUGGAUCAUCCAGAGAGCCAUGAACCGCAUGGUCAUUUGGAAGGCUAAAAGGAGCAACUUCAGGUCAUUGCAGGGCGCAAGAGUCACCAACUCUCGAGGAUUGACGCAUGCUUCAAGGAGUAUGCAUCUGUGAUUUCACUCCUGAGGUUUUUUGCUAGAGCUCCAUGAUGAUUUCUGGCAGCGUGUAGUGCGUAGAUACUUAUAGUCAGGAAGCGUUACAGGCAUGAGCCUGAGGUACUGCGAGA